AGCUUUGUUGAAAAGAAGGACCCAAUAACUAUUAAAAAGGGGCAGAACAAACUAAAGGAGUUCAUGGAAUCUGCAGAGUUCGACCCAUCGGUAGCUAUACCUAUACCAGAUACCAUUUGCUUACCCACUGAAGAAAAACCUGACCACAUACCCAACACCAUGCAGCCAUCGACUGCUGAACAGUUCAAAGCACCUUUGCCACCAGGCGAAGUCUGUGCGGAGAAAAAAAACAAGGAUAAGACAAUUUCCCCAGGCUACCAUCUUAAGUUGACGCUCUUAGGACACGGUAUGGGCGUAACUGCAGUGAAGUUUAGUUCCGACGGCUAUUGGUUGGCUAGUGCCUCGGCUGAUAAGUAUAUCAAGGUGUGGGAUACCAGUUCUGGAAGACUUGAAAAAUCUCUGUCUGGUCAUAAUCUGGGUAUCAACGACGUAACUUGGUCACCUGAUGCCAAAUAUAUGGUCAGUUGUAGUGAUGAUAGGACUCUCAAGCUGUGGGAUAGGGUAUCUGGGCAUUGCUUUCAGACAUUAAUGGGCCACAGUAGCUAUGUGUUCUCCUGUCGCUUCAAUCCGCAAGCCAAUUUAAUUGCAUCUACAAGCUUUGACGAGACUGUGCGCCUGUGGGAUUUACGAACCGGUAAAACAUUGAAAACCAUUUGGGCUCAUUCAGAUCCAAUUACUGCAGUGGACUUCAAUCGAGAUGGAUCGCUCUUUGUCACCAGCAGCUACGAUGGCCUCCUACGCAUAUGGAAUACGUCUAGUGGUAAUUGCUUAAAGACUCUAAUUGAAUAUGAAAACAUGCCAGUCGGCUCUGUAAAGUUUUCCCCAAACGGUCAAUAUAUUCUCGCUUCAUAUAUGAACAACACCCUCAAGCUGUGGAACUUCCAAAAGGCAAAAUGCUUGCGCAACUACCAGGGCCACAAGAAUGAACAGUACUGCAUAUCAUCCAGCUUUUCAGUCACAGCUGGAAUGUGGAUUGUGUCCGGCAGUGAGGACAACACGAUUUGCAUAUGGAGUCUGCAAACCAAGCAGCUGGUACAGAAAAUAGAGGCACAUGAUGAUGUCGUCAUGUGCACGGACUGCCAUCCUACAGAGAAUUUGAUAGCUUCAGGGGCAAAGGAAAAAGAUCACACAAUUAAGAUAUGGCAGAGCAGUGAAGUGUAACUUCAUUUGAAAAUUGAUCAAUUCAUAUACAUAUAUGAAACCUAAAACAAUAAUUUCGAACAAAUGUUUUACCACACGAAUAAUCAAAAGCCUAAAAAAUGAA